AUGCUUACUCCCUCUCAUCGUGUUCGCUCACUCCCCUUCCGCCGCCCACGUGCACUCCCUCCCAUCACGUUCGCUCACUCCCCUUCCGCUGCCCACGCUCACUCCCUCCUGUCGCGCCGCUCACUCCCAUUCCGACGCCCUCGCGCACUCCCUCCCGUCGCGUUCGCUCACUCCCCUUCCACCGCCCACGCUCACUCCCCCCGUCGCGACAGUCCCCUCUGUCGCACACGCUCAUUCCCCUCAAUCGCCCACCUUCACUCCCCUCCGUCGCCCACGCUCACUCUCUCCCAUCACCCACGCUCACUCCGACGAGAAGCUCGCUCAUUCCCCUUCCGUCGCCCACGCUCACUGCCCGUACGUCGCACACGCUCACUCCCUUCCAUCGCCCAUGCUCACCCCCCUCCCGUCGCCUUCGCUCAUUCCCCUCCGUAUCCCACGCUCACUCCCUCCGGUCGCCUUCCCUCACUCUCCUUCCGCCGCCCACGCUCGCUCCCUCCCGUCUCGUUCAGCCCCAUUUGUUGCCCACGGUCACUUCCCUGCCAUCACACACGCACGCACCCUCCCUUCGACCAAAAAGGCAUUCCCCGCUUCCGUCGCAUACGCGUUCAUCUCCCCGUCCCUCAUCUCCCCAUCCCUCAUCUCCCCAUCCCUCAUCUCCCCAUCCCUCAUCUCCCCAUCCCUCAUCUCCCAAUCCCUCAUAUCCCGAUCCCUCAUCUCCCCGUCCCUCAUCUCCCCAUCCCUCACCUCCCCAUCCCUCUCCUCCCCAUCCCUCACCUCCCCAUCCCUCAUCUCCCCAUUCCUCACCUCCCCAUCCCUCAUCUCCCCGUCCCUCACCUUACCCAUCCCUCAUCUCCCCAUCCCUCAUCUCCCCGUCCUUCAUCUUCCCAUUCCGCUGCCUCACCCCAUUCCGCCUCACCCCAUCCCGCCUCACCCCAUUCCGCCUCACCCCAUUCCGCCUCACCCCAUUCUGCCUCACCCCAUUCCGCCUCACCCCAUUCCACCCCACCCCAUUCUUCCCCACCCCAUUCUACAUCACCUCAUUCCGCCCUGCCAUCCUACUUCCCACCCCUUUUUCCUCGUUUCCCCAUCCCUCCUUUCCCCCUCUGCCUCAGUUCGCCAUCCUUCCAUUCCCCGUGCCUACUUCCACCAUUCCACCAUACGGUCAUACCCCAUCCCACGACCUCCCCGUGA